UCAAAAAAGCCAGAAGUGGAGCUGUGGCUCAAGUAGAGAAUGCUAGCCUUAAGCAAAAAUCUCUCUUAGAGAUCUAUUAAUCACUCAGAGAUCUCUUCAGAACUAUGCCGAAAGUAGUGUCCCGGUCGGUCGUCUGCUCAGACACCCGGGACCGAGAGGAAUAUGAUGAUGGUGAGAAGCCCCUCCAUGUCUACUACUGUUUGUGCGGCCAGAUGGUCCUGGUGCUAGAUUGUCAGUUAGAGAAAUUACCCAUGAGGCCCCGGGACCGAUCUCGUGUGAUUGAUGCUGCCAAACAUGCCCACAAGUUUUGUAACACGGAAGAUGAGGAGACUACCUACCUUCGCAGACCUGAAGGUAUCGAACGACAGUACAGGAAGAAGUGUGCAAAGUGUGGACUACCGCUCUUUUACCAGUCCCAACCGAAGAAUGCUCCUGUGACCUUCAUUGUGGAUGGAGCAGUAGUGAAGUUCGGCCAGGGUUUUGGGAAAACGAAUAUAUAUACUCAGAAACAAGAGCCUCCUAAGAAGGUGAUGAUGACCAAGAGGACUAAAGACAUGGGUAAGUUCAGCUCUGUUACUGUGUCCACCAUUGAUGAAGAGGAAGAAGAGAUUGAGGCUAGGGAAGUUGCUGACUCCUAUGCACAAAAUGCCAAAGUGAUUGAAAAACAGUUGGAGCGCAAAGGUAUGAGCAAGAGGCGGCUGCAAGAGCUGGCGGAACUGGAAGCCAAGAAAGCGAAAAUGAAAGGGACACUGAUUGACAACCAGUUCAAGUGACCCGGAUCUUUCUCUGAGCCCAGACUGGAAGCAAGUCAUAAAGAUCAUAAAGAAAAACAUCUUGGUUUCUAUUUAUGCUCUAGGAGGAUUUACUUUGCUUCCUAUUCACUAGGUCUUCAAGUCCAUUUGGCUUAUUUUCUAGGAGAUCUAUAUUAGUUUUUGUGUAAGUUUUCUGUGCUUUUAUUUUCGUCUAUUUGGUGUAAAGUUCUUCAGCUGUUUAGAAACUAUUAAUACAUAAGUGUUUUUUUCUACUUUCUAAGGUGGCUUGUUUUUGUUUCCCAAAAUGAAUCAUAUGAAAACAUACAAGGCUGAAUACCCAGUAAUUGGUAAAGCCAAAACUCUUCCUUUAUAACUAGAGGUAUUUACUAUUCUGAAUUGCUUCUCCUGUGGAACUGUAAAAUACAUAUUAAGAUCAUUAAUAUAUUUUCAUUGUAGUAUUUUGAGAAAUAUUUGCAUAGGGAGCUCCCUACAACAUAUCCGUUACAUUUUUAUACUAUAUGCUGAAGUAUUUUUUAUACUAAUCCUAAUCAUUUCAACAUCUGGUUCAAGUUAUGUAUUUUGCUUUAUAAGAUUGUAAAAGUGUACAUUAUUAGCAUUAGGCAAG